AUGCCACCAGUCGCUGUGCCUGAAGAGGCUCCGAAGAAACAUCUUCGUGUGGCCCUUAUAGGACAGAGUACUUUCGCGGCGGAAGUGUUUAAACUGCUUAAAAAAGAAGGACAUGAAGUGGUCGGUGUGUUCACAGUUCUGGACAAAGGGAAUAGGGAAGACCCUCUCGCUACUAUCGCAGCGCAGAAUGGAAUACCAGUGUUUAAAUAUAAAACAUGGCGAAUCAAAGGAAAAGUUAUACCUGAAGUGUUAGAAGACUACAAAUCAGUAAAUGCAGACAUCAACGUGUUGCCAUUCUGCACACAAUUUAUUCCCAUGGAAGUUAUUCUACACCCUAAAUAUCAAAGUAUUUGCUAUCACCCCAGCAUCCUGCCCAGACAUAGAGGAGCAUCGUCAAUUAAUUGGACUUUAAUAGAAGGCGACACAACAUGCGGUCUGUCGAUAUUUUGGGCAGACGACGGUUUAGAUACGGGUCCGAUAUUACUACAGAAGAGUUUCCCCUGCACCAUUGAUGAUACUGUGGACACUUUGUACAAUAAAUAUCUUUAUCCCGAAGGUAUCAAAGCUCUAGCAGAAUCAGUCAAUAUGGUGGCCAACGGCACUGCUCCAAGAAUAAUGCAAACAGAAGAAGGAGCCACCUACGACCCUGCUUUAUUCAAACCAGAAACACAUCAGAUCGAUUGGUCAAAAGGCGGUCUGGCGUUACAUAACUUUAUUAGAGGUCUAGAUUCUUCGCCUGGAGCUACAACAUUUAUAAAACCACAAAGCAGAGACGGUGUUGAUGAAAGCAGUGAUGCCAAUAUUGAAAUUAAAUUCUUUGGCUCGUCUUUAUGGGAAGGGGAAUACGAGAGCAAAGGCGAUAAAGUAUAUAUACCAGGGCUACUGAAACCGGCAGUUAUUCAAGAUGCAGGAUUGUUAAUUACAGCUAAUGAUGGUAUUAAGUUGAACGUACAAAGGUUAAAAGUCAAUGGUAAAAUGAUCAAUGCUCAAAACUUUUUCAAAGCAAAUGAAAAUAAAGUAUCACUAGAGCUAACAGCUGAAGAGAAACAGUUCAUAGAAAACGCUCGCAUUAUUUGGAAAGCCAUACUAAGAUUAGAUAUCGACAAUGAUACAGACUUCUUUGAUUCUGGAGCUGGAUCUAUGGAUGUUGUAAGAUUAGUUGAGGAAGUUAAAGAUUUAGCUAACAUAGAACUACAAAACGAAGAUAUAUACAUGAAUACGACUUUUGAAGAGUUUUAUACAAUUGCUAUACUUAAAGCAAGAGGCGAUUCUGGUACCAAAGAGAUUGUUUAUGAAGGCGUAGAACUAGAAGUAAAUAAAAUGAAAAUAAAAUUCCCAACACAAUUAUUUAUUAAUGGAGAAUUCGUAAAUUCGGAUAACGGGAAAACUUUAACGUUAAUUAACCCUUCAGACGAAUCUGUAAUUUGUAAAGUUCAAAGCGCAUCAGCCUCAGAUGUCGACAGGGCGGUGAAGGCAGCUAAAAAUGCUUUCGAAGAAGGAGAGUGGUCAAAAAUAAGUGCAAGGGAAAGAGGUCAAUUUUUAUUUAAAUUAGCAGACUUAAUGGAACAGCAUAAAGAAGAACUAGCCACCAUUGAAACAAUAGACUCAGGCGCGGUGUACACUCUUGCUUUAAAAACACAUGUAGGCAUGUCUAUCGAAACUUGGCGGUACUUCGCCGGCUGGUGCGAUAAGAUUCAAGGUGCCACAAUUCCCAUAAACCACGCAAGGCCUAAUAGAAAUCUCACAAUGACUAAGAAAGAGCCGAUAGGGGUAUGUGGUUUGAUAACACCCUGGAACUAUCCGCUUAUGAUGUUGUCUUGGAAGAUGGCCGCUUGCUUGGCGGCGGGGAACACUGUUGUUAUGAAACCAGCGGCGGUAUGUCCACUAACAGCUCUAAAGUUCGCCGAGCUGUGUGUGCUGGCGGGUAUUCCCCGCGGCGUGGUCAACAUCUUGCCGGGCAGCGGCACGGUGUCUGGACAGGCGCUCUCCGACCACCCGCUUGUCAGGAAGCUGGGUUUCACUGGGAGCACUGAGAUCGGUCAAACAAUAAUGAAGUCUUGUGCUGCGUCGAACAUGAAGAAGGUGUCUCUGGAAUUAGGCGGCAAGUCGCCUUUAGUCAUAUUCGAAGACUGUGAACUUGAUAAAGCAGUUAGGAAUGGUAUGGCGUCAGUAUUCUUCAAUAAAGGUGAGAAUUGCAUAGCCGCGGGACGGUUGUUCGUCGAAGAGAGAGUUCACGACGAGUCCGUGAGGCGAGUGCUAGAAAAGACGAAGAAGAUGAGCAUUGGAGAUCCUUUGAACAGAGGAACGGCGCAUGGACCUCAAAACCACAAAGCGCACAUGGAUAAGCUCGUUGAGUUCUGCGAGCGUGGUGUCAAAGAAGGAGCUAAACUAGUAUACGGUGGCAAACGUGUGGACCGUCCUGGCUUCUUCUUCAUGCCAACUAUCUUUACUGAUGUAACUGACGACAUGUUCAUUGCUAAGGAAGAGUCCUUCGGGCCUAUCAUGAUCAUCAGUAAAUUUAGUAGCAAAAACAUGGACGACGUGAUACGCCGUGCAAACAACACGGAAUACGGCCUGGCGAGUGGCGUGUUCACGCGCGACGUAUCCCGCGCGCUGCGCUUUGCUGAGCGCAUAGAUGCCGGUACUGUGUUUGUCAACACGUACAAUAAGACGGACGUCGCCGCCCCCUUCGGUGGCUUCAAACAAUCUGGAUUUGGGAAGGACUUGGGUCAGGAAGCGCUUAAUGAAUACCUUAAAACAAAGACAAUCACAAUCGAAUAC